AUGGUUGAGGUUGAGCUUCAAUUUCAUGGCAGUGGUGCUAUAAGGGAGAAGGAUGCAAUUUUCAAUUACCGGAGGAAGUAUCUCCCAACACAACAGGUCGCAUACCACACUCCACCUCGUUUUCCUAUCAACAUCAUUAAAAGUAUUCGAGAAGGAGCAUCAUUGUUAUUCCAAAAACUUGGCCUACGUGAUUUUGCUCGCAUUGAUGGUUGGUUUUUACCUUCCUCCACAAAUGUUUUCUCAUCUUCAGAGGACAAAAUCGGGAGGACUGAAUUGGGUACAAUUCUAUUCACGGACAUUAACCUAAUUAGUGGUAUGGAGCAGACUAGUUUUCUCUUUCAGCAAGCUUCAAAGAUUGUUUCUAAUCUACUGAAGUACUUGCCUUUCCACUUCUGUUUUCAAUACAGUUAUUCGCUUGUGCUAAGACACACUAUAGAGGAAGUUCUGGCAGCAUGCAUGGAAGCAAUUGAACCAGCUAGAGCUGCUUUGACAUCUCAGUUACGGGACCAAGUGAUGGAUGAUCUCAUGGAAGGUUUGGAAAAACACAGAUGGUUUCGAGGAUUUGAUAUAGCUGAUGAACUACCAGCUAAAUUUACAUUAACAGAGUGGAUCAAGCUAGCCAAGAAAGUUCAAGCGACAGUUUUUAUUACAGUGCAUGGAGGAAUUGGUGAAGACGGUACACUUCAGUCUUUACUGGAGGCUGGAGGUGUUCCUUAUACAGGUCCUGGCAUUAUGCCUUCAAGGAUUUGCAUGGACAAAUUUGCAACAUCGCUGGCUCUUAAUAAUCUGGCAAGCUUUGGGGUCCUUACUAUAAAUAAAGAUGUUCUUAGAAAGGAGGAUCUACUCAAUAUGCCAAUACCACAAAUCUGGCACGACUUGACCUCAAAGCUUCAGUGUGAGACUAUAUGUGUUAAACCAGCAAGGGAUGGAUGCUCAACUGGCGUUGCAAGGUUAUGCUGUUCUGAAGACCUUCAAGUUUAUCUAAAAGCAUUGGAGGAGUGUCUUCUACAGAUUCCUCCUAAUAGUUUAUUGAAGGCACAUGGAAUGAUUGAGAUGCCAAACCCUCCGCCAGAGGUCCUGAUUUUUGAACCUUUCAUUGAGACUGAUGAGAUUAUUGUUUCAUCCAAAUCCAAUAGUGAAAAUGCCCAACACCUUCUAUGGAGAGGACAGAGUCGCUGGAUAGAGAUAACAGUUGGUGUUAUAGGAAAACGUGGAUCUAUGCAUUCACUGUCUCCUAGUGUUACUGUGAAGGAAAGAGGUGAUAUUUUAUCACUUGAGGAAAAAUUUCAAGGUGGAACUGGAAUCAAUCUGACUCCCCCACCAGUAUCAAUCAUGAGCAAUGCGGCUUUGAGGAGAUGCAAGCAAAAUAUAGAACUAAUUGCGAAUACGUUGCAACUGGAAGGAUUUUCGCGGAUUGAUGCAUUCGCUAAUGUUGACACUGGAGAGAUUUUAGUUAUAGAGGUUAAUACUGUACCUGGAAUGACACCAUCCACUGUCUUGAUUCAUCAGGCACUAGCAGAGGAACCAGCCAUCUAUCCUCACCAUUUCUUCCGUAAGCUGCUUGACUUGGCAUCUGAGAGAAGCGUGUAAAUUUUACCCAGCUGUUUUUUCCUUGAAACUCUGUAGUCCGAAUAUGGAGGGAGGAGUGAAUCGAAGUGUUCAAACAUGAGUUUGUUGUUUUAAUGUAAUAGUGGAUGACUUGGAAAUUUCAAAAUAAAGAAAAAAUUGGGAAUUUAAUGCAAUUGUGUGUGUUUGAAGCCAGGGAA